AUGAUGCUGUUCUAUUUCAAGAAUCUUAAUUGUAUUUGNGAAAAAGUCGAACCGAAACCAAUUUUUCCACCACCACCACCACCAAAACCACAUGUAAAUUUGGAUCUAAUUCGACAACAUUUCGAAGAUAUGAUGAAACAACUCAAAAAUGUUCAUGGACAAGAUGCCGAUUGUAAAAAAGAUGAUCCUGGAAUUGUGAAAUAA